UUUCCCCCUCAGAGUGCGAUAUUGAAGUGCCUCACUUCCUCUCCUUUUUGCAAUCUUUCAUCCUACAUUGGACCGUUCAGUUGCGUGUAUGUCAUACAGACUCUGAUAACGCUUAUCUCCCUCUUUAUACAAAGUAUUAAUAACGAUCCUUCAACACGAGUGUGUUUCCAGGGUACUUAGCUUGAUGUUUCAAUUCUUGGUCUCCAUCAAUUACACCUAGCAGAAAAAUCUGGAAAUGGGCGUUAGAGGCUUAGAGACGUUUGUGGAAAAAACCUUUCCAUCUGAAGCCUGCCACGAAGUUAAUAUACGGCAACUUGUAGAAGAUUUCCGAAGGAAAAGGAAUGCUGAUAUUAAACCAAUCAUAGCUUUCCAUUGGAGCAACAUUUCAAGAGACGUGCUAAAGGACAUUGACUGGGUUUGCGGUGGACAAAGUGAAGAAGCUUUGACUAGAAUUGAAAAUUUCAUUAGAGCUUUCACGAGGGUGGGCGCACACCCAGUAUUUUUCUUCCGAGGGUACUCCAAUGUGGAUGCUGACUAUUUUAACCGUGAUCGUUGGAUUCAGAGGGGUCUUCGGAGACUAGAAAACGUGAACUCGUUUUUCGACGCUUUGAGAUAUGGUGAUCCAAUUCCAGAAGGAAACCCCAGCUCAGAUGUCCCAUACCUACAAAACCUUUCCUAUUACUUUCCAGCUAAGUUUAAUUGUGAGGUUUACAAGGCUACAAGAGAGUGCAAUGCAGAAAUGGUGUUGUACGUUCGCAGAAAUGAAAACUGCAUUGCUAUUUUCGGACAAGACUCCGAUUUUCUGAUUCAUGGCGCUGCCCCAUACUACCUUUCGUCGAAACAUUUUGAUAUUAAUACAAUGAAGACUCGUAACUACAGUAAAGCCGGUCUGGCGAAUCUGCUUGAGCUACCGGAAUGGCAGUUACCUCUCUUUGGAACCCUUGCAGGACGUGAUAACUUCACGAGUUUUGAAGAGUUGCUGCCUUUUUUCAAGGAAUUAACUGGAGGGCCAACCCCUGUUGACAGACGAUUCAGAGCCCUGGCCAGGUAUAUCAGGAACAGAUUGAGAUUGCCUGGGAAUGUGGAGGAGCAAUUCCAAGAGGAAACUAUGAGGAGAAUUUUACCGAGGGUGGCUAGGGAUACAUUAAACGAUGCUGAAGCUGAAACGCUUUUCCUCAUCAGUAUUCAAAACUAUAGACCUAAAGAAGAUCUCGCUCCAGUGAAGUCGUCUUUUUCUUCAGAAAGAGUGAAAGGCAAUCUUUCUCACUGGGAUGAGAUAAUGGUUAGGGCAGAGGAACUGCACAGAUCGAAUAAAAUUCCGGCUUUAGUGAGGAAAAUCCUACAAAAUCAGCCUUUUGAAUACCUGCCGGCACUGGAGGAUCUUCGGAAAAAUUCUACCACUAAUUUACCUGCAUCAGCUCUCAUGACAAGACCCCUGAGAGAACAACUUUAUAAGAUACUUCUUGCUGAAAAACCAGAGCCGCAUCCACUUUUAGUGACUGAAUAUAGCAUGGAAGGGUAUGAUACAGCAAAUGAGCCAGUUAAAAUCAGUAUUGAUGCGUUUCAAGAGGAACACCCAGGAUUGAUGAAACUAUGGAGUGACAACCGUUCUGAUGAGCUACAACGAAAAAGAUGGACAUUAUUUGUUGCAGCUGCCUCACCUCGAUUAGACCGAGAUAAAUUGGAAAACCUACCCACAGAUCUGAUUCUGCCAACUAUGACACUGGUUUAUCUGCGGGAUUAUGACGCAAGUAAUGACCAGGGGACUUCACUCGCAGACAGGGAGAUCUGUGCAAUUAUCGCCAUGGUGGUUCUUUUGAAGAAGAGCCUGAAUGAAUCGAGACCAAGUCACAUUUCUCCCAGGGCAGUGCAUAUUGCAUCAAUUUUUAAUAGAACCCUUUACACUAUCAUGGACUUACUCGCUGUUUGCGGUUAUCCGCUAUCUUUUCCAGAGACUUUUAGCUAUCCGUAUUUUGAUGGGAAAUUAUUCCAGAGGAAGUACCAAGAGGCAAUGACUGGAACAAAGGAUCGAGAUCUAUGCCAAAAUGAGAAUGAUGUCAUUGAAAAAUUUGAAGCUGUGAGAGCCAUUGUCUUUGAAGACGUGUAAGGCCCGACGACCCUCAAUGUAUAUUUCCUGGGCCAAAUAUAUUGAAAAAUAAUUCCCUUUUAUGACAAAUACUUUUUGUAUUUAGAGUUUGUUAUCUAAUAUUUGCACAUUUUUGUAUUAUCAAGUAUAUUUUUGGAUGUAAAUAAGAUGAAAUGUAUACACAGCUUAUCAACAAAUUUUUUAUUACCUUGCGAAAUAAAUAUUGCUGUGAAUUUAGUA